AUGUCUUCCAUUGUCAACAAGGUCAAGGACGCUCUGUCUUCGGACAAGAAGCAUGAGCAGCCUGAGGGAACCCACGGUCACCACGACAGCCGCGCAGCAAACGCCGCCGACCCCCGCAUCGACUCUGAUCGUGACCACCGCGCCAACCCCACUGGCACCACCGGCACUCACACCGGAACCCACACUGGCACCUCCGGCCUCACCGAUGCCCUGAACAAGGCUGAUCCCCGCGUCGACUCUGACCACUCCAAGGACCACCACAACACUCACACCACCGGCGGCCUGACUGGCAACCCCGCUGGCGCCGGUCACCACACCACCGGUGCUCACGCCGGCACCCACGGCACCCACACCGGCACCACCGGCGGCCUUACUGGUUCCAACACCGCCACCGGCUACGACGACCCCACCGGCACUCACGGCACCCACAACUCGAGAAUUGCCAACGCCGCAGACCCCCGCAUCGACUCCGACCGUGAUCACCGCGGUGCCCCCGGCCACACCGGCAUCGGCGGCGCUGGCGUUGGUGGUGUCGGCAGCACUGGCACUCACACCGGUACUCACACCGGUACCUCCGGUCUGACUGGCACCCACGGUACCACGGGCACCCACGGCACCCACGGCACCCACGGCACUCACACCGGUACCACCGGCGGUUUGACCGGCUCCAACACUGCCACCGGCUACGAUGAUCCCACCGGCACUCACGGCACUCACAACUCGAGAGUCGCCAACGCCGCAGACCCCCGCAUCGACUCUGACCGGGACCACCGCGCCCACACCGGUGUCGGCCACACUGGCGUCGGCGCCAACACCCACAGCGCCACCACUGGUCCCGCCCCCGGCACCGCCGGCCCCCACAAGAGCGACUUCUUGAACAAGGCCGACCCCAGAGUCGACUCCGAUCUCGAUGGUAGCAAGACUAUUGGUGGCAACAACACUGGAACUUCUGGUACGACUGGUCACGCCAAGGACCCCACCGACGCUGCUCAGGUUCCCCCUUCCGUGCUUGCUAAGCACAUUGGAGAGCCUGAGACUGCGCACGGCGGUGUCCACGGAGACCACGGAAGACGGAACUCGAUUCCUUCUCACCAGGAUUCUCACCGCGGAUUGUAA